GUGGAGAGGGGAAGAAUGAGAGCAAGAGGUAGAAAUUAUAGUUUUUUUUUUUCUGUAGUGGGGCAAUUUUGAGCUUUCACAAAUUAUUUAUACCAAAACUCUAUUUUUAAUCCUAAAACUCUUUAGUCUUUAAGACCCCUAGAAAUUGUCUUCUUUGUUUGAGAGUCCGUUUCCUUUGUAGCUUACUGCGCUUAUCUCUCAAGAUUUGAUCAUUUUUGCAUAAGAUGAACUAAAGCUAACAUCUCUAUGUUUUAGUGACUACGAAUUCCGUUGUUCAAAUACUUUCGCCAUAUUAUAGUUAAGAAGUAUACAAAUGUUAUAUGGAUAGGAAUUUUGAAAUUACAUCAAACUAAAUCCCUACCUAACCAUCCUCUCCAUCUUCGUGUUGCCUUACACGGUGAAGGGUGCGCCUCACUCUUGGUUGUUCUUGCAAUUUUUACGAUUCCAUGGCCGCUGUUUGAAAUAAUAUUGUUCUGGUCAAAUGCUUCUUCGCCGAUUUGGAGCUGUAUUUCCUUCAUCAAGAAGGUUAUUUAGCAGCAACAGCGACCAUGAUUUAGCAAAUACCAUCGCGGAAUUUAACAAGGAAAUGGAAUCAGUAUUUGGAGAGCCUCCCCUGAGUGGGAUUUCAGAUUCUUCAAGUAGCAAUUUUACUGCUGAAAAGUCAGAAAUAAUAUCUCAAAUGGAUGAAAAUGCUUCGGCUUUGACUCAUGUUGGAGGAGGUGGGGAAGCUCAAAUGGUGGACGUUUCUCCAAAAAAAAGUACUGACAGAAUUGCUGUUGCUAGUUGCAAUGUAAUUCUUGGCAAGAAGGUGUUUGAUUUGGUCUUAGCUAACCAGAUGUCUAAGGGAGACGUCCUCGGUGUUGCUAAAAUUGCAGGAAUAAGUGGAGCAAAACACACGAGCACUCUAAUUCCUCUUUGUCAUAACAUAACCUUGACACAUGUACGAGUCGAUCUUCAUUUAAAUCCCAAAAAUUACAGUGUGGAUAUUGAAGGAGAAGCUGCAUCAACAGGCAAAACAGGAGUUGAAAUGGAAGCAAUGACAGCAGUGACCAUUGCUGGCCUUACUGUCUAUGAUAUGUGUAAAGCAGCUUCAAAAGAUAUACAGAUCACAAACGUGCGACUUGAAAGCAAAACUGGUGGAAAGAGUGGACAAUGGUCUAGGGAGGAGGUAUAGCUACCUCGUAAAGAAACCGAAGAGCCAUCAGGUUAAUUCUUUGGCCAAUUGCUGAAGAAUUGUCAAAGAAAUGUUGGGUGGACUUUCUUCAACCUCCAUUUCAUGUGUUACAACUUGCAACCUAAUUUGAGAGGGACCAUUUAGAGCUUUGAAGAUCAAUGUUUGCAAGGUUGAAUUUGAACAUUGGAGUUGUCACUCAUGAGCAAUUUGAAGGCUUUUUUUUUUUUUUUUUCAGUGUGCAUUUUGAUUAAUGGUCUAGAAGUGUUUGGAUCAAGGAGUAGGGAGCUAGAAAGUGUAGGCUUCACAACUUUUCUUGUUUGAUCAAAGGAGUUUGUGGACCUGCAACUAGAAAACAUCAAUGUUUUAUCAUUAUUAACUCCUUGAAUUAUGAGUUUCUAGAAUUCACAACUCUACUUAUUGCUCCAAAGAACCCUUAAUAGCGGGAGUUGUAAUUAUUUUAUAUUUAAUAGUAUUUAGGAUUUCUUUUUUUAAGAAAA